CCCGGGCCGCACUAAAAAUUCUUCGCGCGCGCUCGCUCGGCGGGGCCAAGCUGGUUCUUCUCGUUUCCACCUCCUCCUGCCUCUUCAGUUCGAUUUCGCUUCGCACCGGAGAGCGGCGUCGAGGCACAGCUCGCGUGCGCCACCGAGACGCGGCCUUCUCUUGCAUGUUUUGCACAUUCAUCCACAAAACACAAAAAUAUCAAAUAAAAAUUCACCAGUCGACUGAGAAUUUCGCAUUUAAAAAAGUGUAAUAAUUAUUAAAUUUAAAUAAAUACCUAAUAAUAAAAUAUGAGUGUUACAAGUGGAUUAUUAUUAAUAUUUAACGAAUAAUUUCUCGGUUUAAGAUAAACAUUAAUAAAUUUAAGAAAUGGACGCGUUUAUUGGCCGCGUAACGUGAUGUGAAUUCAUAAGUGAAUUUUGAGAAGAAUCAAAGUGUGUUUCUUAUUAUUCCUACAUGUGUAUGGUAAUUGUUUCGUGCGAGAAACAUCAACAAAACGGAUUAUUGGAUUUUUACCAACACGAAAUCUCCAACCCUUAAUACUAGGCGGCGCACAAAAGCGACACAGGAAACGAGGCGACGACGACGACAACGACGGCGGGCAGGAAUGAGGUGGAUCAAGUGGAAGACUGCGCACUAAUUGCCCCCCUGCGCCAUCCCCCUCGCAAUCCCCCCGCAGACCCUCCGCGCCGCCGCCCCGUGUCGCCGAAGACGCGCCGGAGAAAGCGGAAUGAUGGCCUUCACGACGAGCUGGACGCUGUUCGGCGCGCUGGUGGCGUGCUGCGCAUCGAGUACGACUAUUGCCGAACAAGUUACCCUGUUGGAUACGACGGGAGAAAGCCAGCUGGAAUGGACACGAUACCCCUAUGGCCCGCAGGCGACCACUCCGGGGUGGGUGGAAGAAUCCUUCACAAACUUCCAAAAAGGCAUCAACUGGCGUUCGUACGUCGUCUGCGACGUGGCCUACAACAACGUCAACAACUGGCUCUGGGUGCCCUUCAUCGAGCGCCGCGAAGCCAACCGCAUCUACAUCGAGAUCCAGUUCACCAUCCGUGACUGCAGCCUCUUCCCAGGCAACGCGCUCUCCUGCAAGGAGACCUUCAGCCUCCUCUACUACGAAUUCGACGCCGCCACGCGCGAACCACCCCCAUGGGAAACAGAAUCCUACAAACUGAUCGGCCGCAUCGCCGCGGGUGAAGGUCGCUUCAACACCAACAACGAAGUGAACAUCAACACCGAAGUGAAAUCCAUCCCAGUGACAAAAAAGGGCGUCUACUUCGCGUUCCGCGAUCAGGGUGCUUGCAUCUCCCUGCUGGCGGUGAAGAUCUACUACAUCACGUGCCCAGAGGUGACCAUCAACUUCGCGCACUUCCCCGCCACGCCCACUGGGAAGGAAGUGACGUUAAUUGAACAAGCUACGGGCAGUUGCGUGAAAAACGCUGAGAUUGUGGACACGCCUACGUAUUUAUGCAAAGGGGAUGGGAAGUGGACUCUGCCUACAGGGGGAUGCAAAUGCAUAGCUGGGUUCCAGCCGGAUUUUGAUAAACAGACUUGUAACAAAUGUCCGAUUGGUACGUUCAAAUCACAAACCGGAGAUGAACCCUGCCAGAAAUGCCCGGAACACUCAAAGGCCACUGAUUCGGGUAACAAGGAAUGUCGUUGUAGCAGCGGGUACUUCCGCGCGAUCAACGACCCCAAAGAUAUGGCCUGUACGCAACCCCCAAGCGCGCCUACUAAUUUAACCGUGAAUUUCGUUGAUCAGUCCACGGUGAUGUUAUCGUGGAACGCACCGGAGGAUUCCGGAGGAAGGGGGGACAUCACCUAUCGGGUCAAGUGUGAUGCUUGUAGUCUAGGGAUAGUACAAUUCUCACCUAAUAUGGAUUCUUUCAAUGAGACUAAAAUUACGAUAAGUGGUCUUAACGCGGUGACCACAUACAGAUUCCAAGUAUUCGCCGAAAAUGGCGUUUCUAACCUCACCAGUAAAUCAUCCCCGGAAUACACGGAUAUCGUAGUAACCACUGAAGCAUCCGUAGCGUCCAGUGUUACUAAUGUAAGGAUAUUAUCAGUGAAAAGCACUGAGAUAUCCCUUGCAUGGGACGCACCUUCAACCCCAGAUGGUGGGGAUAUGGAUAAUGAUUUAGUAGAAAUCUACGAGGUGAGGUGUUUCGUCAAAGGAGACAUAGACCAUUCCAACUCAACGAAUAUCCUCACCACUGACGUCUCCACCACCUUCAGCGGCCUGAACCAACGCACCGAAUACGGCUUCCAAGUCCGCGCGAAAACCCAACUCGGUUGGAGUGCUUACACGAAAGUAAUCUUCCGCGCAAGGUCAAGUCUUAAAACAGCUUAUGUAGGAGAAGAGGAAGGCCUACGUCUACAAUUGGUAGCUGGGGGGAUAGUGGCGGUUGUGGUGAUACUCGUCGCUGUGAUCAUCCUCACCGUGGUGUUCAUCCGAUCAAGGAGUAAUGAUGAAUGCAACAAGAAACAGCCGAGUGAUUGUGAUACCUUGGAGUAUCGAAAUGGAGAAGUACACCAUAGCAUGGAUAACCCACCGAUUGUGACAACCCACACCAAUGUGACGACGCCAUUAUUCACCGGCAUCGGCGCAUCCCGUACCUACAUAGACCCACACACCUACGAAGACCCCAACCAAGCAGUGCGUGAAUUCGCGCGGGAAAUCGACGCGGGUUGCAUAACAAUCGAAGCAAUCAUCGGCGGUGGAGAAUUCGGAGAUGUAUGCAAAGGAAAACUGAAAGUAAAUGGAGGUAAUGACAUCGACGUCGCCAUUAAGACCCUUAAAGCCGGGUCCCUGGACAAGGCGCGUAAUGAUUUCCUCACCGAAGCGUCCAUCAUGGGUCAAUUCGAGCAUCCCAACGUCAUAUUCCUACAGGGUGUCGUCACGAAAUCCAACCCGGUGAUGAUCAUCACCGAGUACAUGGAGAACGGCUCCUUGGAUACCUUCCUACGUGCGAACGAUGGGAAGUUCCAAGUGAUUCAACUUGUAGGGAUGUUGAGGGGUAUUGCUGCUGGCAUGCAGUAUUUGAGCGAUAUGAAUUACGUGCAUCGCGAUUUGGCGGCGCGGAAUGUUUUGGUGAACUCGCAGCUGGUGUGUAAGAUUGCCGAUUUUGGUCUGAGUAGGGAGAUUGAGAGCGCCACCGAGGGGGCGUAUACCACUCGCGGGGGGAAGAUACCAGUGCGGUGGACGGCGCCGGAAGCGAUAGCCUUCCGGAAGUUUACAUCGGCUAGUGAUGUAUGGUCGAUGGGGAUUGUGUGCUGGGAGGUUAUGUCGUACGGCGAGCGGCCAUAUUGGAACUGGUCGAAUCAGGAUGUUAUUAAGAGUAUAGAGAAAGGAUAUAGAUUGCCUGCCCCAAUGGACUGCCCCGAAGCAAUCUACCAACUCAUGCUGGAUUGCUGGCAAAAGGAGCGGACACACCGGCCGUCCUUCCAGUCAAUCGUCAAGACGUUAGAUCGUUUGAUCCGAGUACCAGAUACGUUAAGAAAAAUCGCUCAAAACCGGUCAACAAAUCCGUUAGCAGCGGACGCACCAGACCUAACCAACUUUACCUCCGUGGAGGAAUGGCUGAACUCAAUCAAGAUGGCGCGCUAUCUACAAAACUUCGAAGCCGGCGGCGUCACGUCAAUGGACGCCGUCGUCAACCUCACCGUGAAGGAACUCACCGAACUGGGCAUCACUCUCGUCGGCCACCAGAAGAAGAUCAUGAACAGCGUGCAGAAUAUUCGCGCGCAGAUACGCGUCAACGGCCCUGAAGGCUUUCUAGUGUAAUGAUAAUAACAAUAAUAAUAAUACAAAAGUGAUAAACUUCAAACCCAUUCACACGACGAGAGUUAGCUGCCAAUCAAAACAUAAACAAGGAAAAAACUCAUUUUGAAGAAGAAAAUGAAGAGAAAAGACGAAAUAAACGAAAAUUAUUUGUGAUGUUCUCAUUUAAUUAACUUAACUUAAACAAAAAACGUUUAAUAUCUACUUAAUUAGACUUAAAACUGACGACGAACGAAGGACGACGAAGAAAAACUUUGUUUGUUUUUUUUAUUAUUUUUCUUUCAUAUACUAGGACAGUAUUGUUAUUUUUUUUAUUUAACGAAUGAAUGUUGUAAAUUAUAACACAAACGUAUGUACAAGAGUAUGGCCUAUGGCAACGAGAUACAACCGAACAGUUGCUCCGCCCAUUAAUAGCGCUUAGUGUGAGUGUCAGAGACGAGAUAACCACACCCCUUUUACGAAUACAAUACGCCAUGUUUUCUUUACGAUUUAUUCUUCUCUCUCUCGCAAGCAAAAUAUUGUUAUUUAUUUAUAUUAAUCAUUUUUAAUGCAACGUGCAAGUAUUUUUGUACAAUAUGACAAUCGCCAAUGAUUCUUUGCGUUCGCAGCCGUGAUAAGAGACGUGAAAAAAUUUAUAACAAAACGAGAAACACCAAUUGAUGAAACCAUUUGAAACAAGUUUUAGUGAUUUUCCUCUUCAAGUGCUAAUAAAUGUGUAUAAAUAAAAACCCAAAUAAUAAAUAAAUGAAAAGAUUUCUAAAUGCCAUUGAUAAAGAAUAAAAGAUUCCGUAAAAAGACGUGAAUUAGGAAAUUAAAUUAAAUAUUACGUAUACUUUUCUACAUAUCAAGAAGAAAACAAUGAAAAAAGAAAAACAACUCGAUGUUUAAUUGGCUAUUAUAAACAUUUAAACAAUUAUACGCCCGGUAUAAGCAUUUUUUUUAACGUAGUCGAUGUUAAUUCUCUCACGUGACACAUGACAUAACCUCUAAAAUGUGUAAGAUGGGCGUAGAAGUGUUUCAAAAUUCGCUACACAUUACUACCACCACCACCACCACAUUCAGAUUGGUUACUUCAAUGUGUGAAUUCAAACAAAAGCAAUAAUAAUGAAUGUAUAAAUAUUUAAUUGUGUACAAAAAGUGAUUGAUUGUACGUAAAUUGUACUUAAACGCGCCUAAUUUCACUCUUCGACUGAUUCUACAUUUGAAUGAAGAUUUUUAAUCCAGUAUUAAACAUUCCAUGAGUUUAUAUACAUGCAGAGACACACGACGCAGUACUUCGACUUCUACUCUCUAUCCAUAGAUAUAUUUCGUAUACCUAUGACGCCUAAAUUUUUAUAUAUAAUAAAUAAAUGAAUACAAACUAAACUUAUCCGAAUGCUGAUGUAAUACGAGAUGGUGACAAAUAUGAGCGGAACGUAAACGAAGCGUAUGAAUAUUAUAAUUACGAUAUUAUAAUGUCAGUGUAAAAUUGUAAUAUAUUUGUAAAAAAGGUAUAAUUCAUAUUAUAUAAAAACGAUGAAAUAGCUUAA